UUGAGUCUAGCUGCGUGCGUCUAUAACUUUGUGUUGCUUGCUGGUGCUGCUGGUUAGAAGGAAUGUGGAAGUCAGUAGAGUGCAGGGUGACGGGCUGGUCGGGCGAGCUGCAGCAGCGCAGCAUUAUUUCCCCCUGGCAGAUCAUUUGCUUUCCCCCGUCUGUUCACAAAGGUACCGUGCGGUUUUUUGCUUUCUCCUCCUUUGCCUUUAAAGGGAAGGCGACUCGAAGCUGAAGACGCAGCAGCAGGAGAAUCAGGAAACCAUGCACCAGCGCUGUUUUUUCCUCCUGUGAAUCUGGAUCUUUAUUUUUGCUGGAGGGUAGAGAUUGCUGCUGGUUCUUCCCCUCCACUCCUUCCCCUGCCGAUGUGGCUUUCUCUGUCUCUUUUGCCAGCGUUUUUUAAAUGACUUGAGCGAAAGGGGGGAAAACUGUCAAGAUGGCAGCAGCAGGAGCAAGGAGGUUAUGAAUGUGGUGUUGAUGCUGGAACAAAACCCAUCCUUUUGGCAGCCCUAAGGAGGGCUUAAAGCUUCUGGACCUGUUGGAAGACUGGUGAUUUGAUUUGUUUUUGUUUUGCUCUCCCCGUAAGAAGGAUAAAAAACAUCCAGAGUGGCGUUUUUUUUAUCCUAUUCGGUUGGUUGUGAAAUUUAUUUUUAUAUAUAGAUAUAUUUUUUGGAUAGUGGAAUGCAUAACUACGACAAAUGCUAGUGUGCAAUUGGAUGUACAUGGAGACUUCAGCUCCCUUCGGGGCAUUUUGAAGGAGGUAAAAGUCAUCAGUGUGAUCUGAGGGACCCUUGCCUGUUUCCCCCGGACACAGAGAGAAAAGAAAUAAGGAAAACGUCUGCUAGGGCAGCCGGGAGCGUGGUGGAAUUGGAGGGGUCUCUCUCCGAUCAUGGAUACAGCGUGAUUGCCAGUAGAGCACUUCUGCAGCUGCAUGGAGUGAAACAUAAACAAACACACACACACCACUGAGCUGCACCAACUCCACUACGUUUGAGCUGCUGCUGGAGCCAUCCCCUCACCCUUCCCGAUCCAUAGGCGCAUCUGGAAUCUCUGGCCUCACCCGAUCCCUUAUUGAUCGCUUUGUGAUUAUUAUUAUUUUGUGUGUGCGCGCUAGCGUGUGUGAACUGUCUGCUGGAAGAAGGGGGCGGGGAAGGGAAGGCAGGAGGCUGCAGGACUUUAAUGGAGAGUGGCAUGUUCACUCGCUCCCCCCUGCCUGCUAGGAACUGAUCCGCUGGAGCAGGGGACUGGGGUCCGGACCUGUCUAUCCCAUCCCAGCACCAGGAGCAGCAGCAGCAGGAGGAGGCGGGGAAGCCAAGAUGGCAGAGGCGUCUUCUCCUGCCCCCCUAUCGCCCCUGGACGUGGAGCUGGACCCCGAGUUUGAGCCCCAGAGUCGGCCACGCUCCUGCACCUGGCCCCUCCAAAGGCCUGAGUUGCAGGCGAGCCCGGCCAAGCCCGCGGGGGAAGCGGCUGCGGACGCCGCCUCCAUGAUCCCCGAAGAGGAGGAUGACGAGGAGGAAGGGGGCAGCUCGCCCAUGGCCAUAGGCAGCGCCGUGCCCACCGGCGGCGGAGGGGAAGCGCUGGCCCCCGAGGAGGCGGCCCGGCUGCUGGCCCCGCUCUCCGGGGUUGGGACGGAGGGCUCGGGCAAGGCUUCUGGGCCAGCGGCUGCGGGGGGCAGCGGGCUGAGCGGGGGCCAGGCAGCUGCGGCGCCGCGGAAAUGCUCGUCGCGGCGAAACGCGUGGGGCAACCUGUCCUACGCCGACCUGAUCACCCGCGCCAUCGAGAGCGCCCCGGACAAGCGGCUCACCCUGUCCCAGAUCUACGACUGGAUGGUGCGCUGCGUGCCCUACUUCAAGGAUAAGGGCGACAGCAACAGCUCGGCCGGCUGGAAGAACUCGAUCCGGCAUAACUUGUCACUGCACAGUCGAUUCAUCAGGGUACAGAACGAAGGAACUGGGAAAAGCUCGUGGUGGAUGAUUAACCCAGAUGGCGGGAAAGGUGGGAAGCCCCCACGGAGACGCGCCGUUUCAAUGGACAACAGCAACAAGUACACAAAGAGCAGAGGCCGAGCAGCGAAGAAAAAGGCAGCCCUGCAAGCUGCACAAGAAGCCAGCGAGGAUAGCCCCUCUCAGCUUUCCAAGUGGCCGGGGAGCCCGACUUCCCGCAGCAGCGAUGAGCUGGAUGCAUGGACCGAUUUCCGCUCCCGUACAAAUUCAAACGCUAGUACAAUAAGUGGUCGUUUGUCACCUAUCUUGGCGAGUACCGAACUAGAUGAAGUUCAGGAUGAUGACGCUCCACUUUCUCCAAUGCUGUACAGUAGCCCAUCAAGCAUGUCCCCAUCGGUAAAUAAACCAUGUACUGUUGAGUUGCCUAGGUUGACUGAUAUGGCAGGCACAAUGAACUUGAAUGAUGGACUGACAGAUAACCUCAUCAUGGAUGAUCUUUUGGACAAUAUGACGCUCCCCUCUUCCCAGCAGUCACCAUCAGGGGGGCUCAUGCAAAGAAGCUCCAGUUUUCCAUAUGGUUCCAAAGGUUCAGGCCUUGGUUCUCCGUCAAGUAAUUUCAACAGUGCUGUGUUUGGCCCAUCAUCUCUGAAUUCCCUUCGUCAGUCUCCCAUGCAAACCAUUCAAGAGAACAAGCAAGCUACUUUUUCUUCCAUUUCUCAUUAUAACAGCCAGACGCUGCAGGAUCUCCUGGCAUCUGACUCACUUAGUCACAGUGAUGUCAUGAUGACGCAGUCUGAUCCACUCAUGUCUCAAGCCAGCACAGCUGUGUCUGCCCAGAACUCGCGCAGGAGUAUCAUGCUUCGUAGUGAUCCAAUGAUGUCAUUUGCUGCUCAGUCCAACCAGGGAAGUUUGGUCAAUCAGAACCUGCUCCACCACCAGCAUCAAUCUCAGAAUUCUUCUCUUGGUGGCAGUCGUGCCUUGUCUAAUUCCAUCAGUAACAUGGGCUUAAAUGAUACAAACAGCUUGGGGUCGGCCAAACACCAGCAGCAGUCACCUGUCAAUCAGUCUAUGCAAACACUUUCUGACUCACUCUCAGGCUCUUCUUUGUAUUCCACUAGUAUGAACCUUCCAGUCAUGGGACACGAUAAAUUCCCAAGCGAUUUGGACCUGGAUAUUUUCAAUGGAAGCUUGGAAUGUGACAUGGAGUCCAUUAUCCGCAGCGAACUCAUGGAUGCAGAUGGGUUGGAUUUUAACUUCGAUUCCCUCAUCUCUGCUCAGAACGUUGUCAGUCUGAAUGUGGGAAGUUUCACUGGUGCUAAGCAGGCUUCGUCACAGAGUUGGGUGCCAGGCUGAAGGAUCUCUGAGAAAAGGGGAAAUGGGCAAAGCAGGCCCUUAAACUGACACGAGACCUAAAGAGAGAACCUUUUGCCAAAUCUGCUGUCAGCAAGUGGACAGUGAUACCGUUUACAGCUUAUGACCUUUGUGAACCCUGCAUUAUUUUCCUAACGAAGCAGAGACUGUUAAUGGGCCCCUUUCCCAAGCGAAGAGCCUCCUUUUUCAGAAUUGAACUCACUCUAAAGUAUGCAAAAUCUUCUUUUUGGGGGAUGGUCAAGCACCUACUGUGGAGACAAUGUUCAGCACCAUCCUGUUGAGAACACACUGUGUAGCCUUUACAGUAGUUAUUUGUCAAUGAGUAUGUGGUGUUUCAAUAUAUUAAUGGUUUAUGGGAUAUUUUAAGUUGGCUUCUAUUUUGAGGGGUUUCCCCAUCUGACCCCUCUAACUUACAGUUUGUUUUGUUUUCUAAAGAUGUUUUAACCAUUUUCUCUUUCUCUCCUGGUGCAUCUGAAAUGCAGUGUAUGCACAAUGAAAGGCUGUACUAAUUACCGUUACACAAAAUAGCGUCAGACAUUAGCACUACCUGAGUAUGUAGCAUUCAUUACAACAAGCAACUGACUGAAGUCAGGAGAGAUGGGGUUUGUGGGGUUUCUUUGUUGAUUUUUUUUUUCAAAUCUUUUUCUUAAAUUUAAUGGUACAUACCUUGUUUUUCAUAAACAUCAAGCCAGGGUCGAUAUUACAAGAGAAACUAGCAAGAUUGCUAGUUGUGUCCAGUGUUUGUAAGGACUGAGUUAGGGUGUGAUUUCAUUAUGUUUACUGAUUCAGCACCUGAGUUGAUCAAUCUCACCUAUUGCAUUAUGUUAGCAGAGCUACCCUUAAUGAUUGCAGGGAAUAGAGUUUGCCUGCCUCAGCAGGUUGGAAACUGGUUGAUCUUAAAAUGAGCUAUCCACCCAUUGCCAAACAAGUUGAAUGUAACCACUUGUAAGGAUAUGGCUUAAAAAACAAAAAGAAAGGGAAAUAAAAUAUAUGACAUUGCAGAAAAGAUAACUUACAGUAUAUGUAUCAGCAGUGACUUACAAUAGAGUCAUCAGAAGUUCAAAUGCAAAUCGCUGCAGGGCAAGUUAUUACAUCAGUGAUUUUUCUUACAUACAUAUCCUUGAUUAUGUUUUCCUUCUCGCUAUGCGUAAUCCAAUCUGAACGAAGAAGCUGUAGAGAGAAAGGCAAGAAAGUAAUAUUAUACAAACAGCUUUUCAUAUAAGCUUAGAUUGUAAUUGGAUAAAUGACACUAAAAGACAAGGCAGUUUUAUAUGUUUUGCUUAUGGGUUUCUUUUUUUAAAUGAAUAACAAUGAAUGAAUAACGAAUAAAAGGUAUGGUGCUGCUGUAUAGAUCCUCUCUAUAAUCUGGAAAGCUUGAUUACUUUUUAUUACUAUUUUUUUGUGGGGGGGGAGAGGAGGAAACACCAAUGGUACAUAAGAACUUGGUAUGAAGAAGCUCUGAAUAGGACAGUGUAUACAUACUUCUCCAAAGUGAUAUAUGAAGACUUUUUUCGUUGCAUAAAAGCAUUAUGCGUAUAAAUAUAUAAAUAUAUUUUAUUAUGUACAGAAACAGAUCAGUAUGCAUGGAUGUUAGGAAAACAAACUAGCAUUUUAACCCAAAGUUUCCGUGCAUGAGUUCCCACUGACACGUGUACCAUGCAAUGUGGAGUGACUCCCUUUCGCCACCACCACACAAGCACACAUACACACACACACACACACACACACAGACUUACAGACACACAUUUGUGGGCCCCAUUUUGCUCCUUACUUUCCAGCUCUCUGAAGUAAUAUUGGUGAAAUAACAGCUCCUAGUGUGAUGGAAAUUUUGUUUUGUAUUGUAACUUCCUCAUGCUUGUACUGUUCUAUUUUAUAGAUGAACCUGUUGAUUUCAUCCUGCCCUUUACUGAAUAUGUAAACUCUGUGCAGUUGUGGUUAUAGUAGACCUGUAGCAUAUCAAGCAGCUAAGAGUUUAUCAUUUUCAUUAAACAAAACAAUUUUUAAAAUUAAGGUGGUCUAUUUAUCAAUGGCAGGGACUAAUUUGUUAUAUUUUCUUUAUCAGAAUUAGUUUAUGCACAUUACUGAUCACCCCAUGUGAGGUGAAAUUUCAGGAAGCCAGCUACCCAGUACGACAAUGGUAUACAGCAGUAAUCUGUUUUAGGGAUUAGUUCACUUACAGGAGUCCACAUGCAGGCACCUUCUACCAAAGUUAGUAAAGAGCUUUAUUGCAAGCCUUCACUGUACUCGGCGUGUAUAACAGUAUGUGUCAGGUUUUUGGUACAUCAUUAAAUGUGAAUUAAACUGAGGAUGUUUUUCUUUCUUUGUCUUCUGUGGUAUUGUGCUUGCUGAUUGACACUUUUUAAUCUUAAAGUCUCACUCGCUGACUAAUAGGAGGGCUGUGCACAAGUACUCCGGUACAAAGCAGGCUUUGUGUUUAUUUCUGGUGUGAUAUUUUGCUGAACUGUCUCUUGUCCACUGGAGGACAUACAUUGUUGCGUUGUCACGGAGCAAGCAACAGAUUCUCCCUUUCACAAAAUCUAAUUUCAGGUGGGUUACAAAUAUGUAGGUAGUACAGAAUUAUGUUGCUAUAGCUUGCUACCAGUGUUCCCUCUAAGCUGCAUGACAGCACAGCCCCACAGCUGCAUAAUCAGUCCCGCUCAGUCAUUCAGCUCCGUGCAUGGAGCCCUGAGCCUCUGGCUGGGCAGGGCUCAUUAAACAGCUGCAGGACUGUGUUGCCACACAGCUUAGAGGGAACACUGCUUCCUACCAUCUAUAUCUACCAACUGCACCUUUUUUAUUUACAUUUUUUGGAGCAGUAUUGGACUGACCUAUCUGCUGGUGUAACUUAAAUGGCAUUGGGCUGACAAAAGAAUUGGCUCACUUUGUGGAAUAGAAUUACAAAAGAUACUGGACCAAAUUCUGCUCCCAGUUACAGUGAUGUAAAUCUGGAAUAACUGAUGUAGUGAGUUACCCCAGAUUUACAGAAUUCUCUCUCUCUGAUACAUAACCUAAGCACCUGGAUUCUUCUCUGGGGAUACUCCUGGGAGCAGGAACAAGGAAUCCUUUUCUCCAGCCCACUCCAUAGCUGGUUCUCCAGCAUCAGAGCAGAAAUAGCCUUCACACUUCCUUGGUUAUGUGUCCCCUCUGUAGCAGGGAAUAGCCAUCAGAACCAUAAGCAGAUCCACCGAUCCUACCCCAUCCCCAAAUGCCUUCCAUGCAGUGCAUACGGGAGGGGAGCAGCACAUCUUCGGGAAUUCAGCUCUUGCACACACACGCACACAUCCCUGCAGCAGAACUGCACCUCUUCCACUGCAGCAGACCCUGCUAUACUCAUUUUGGAGGACAGGAUUUAUGCCAGUGAUUAGGAUUUGCCCCAUCGCUUGCAAUUACUCACAGGGAGAUAAGGCCCAAUAUUUCAGUCAACUCAGAUAAAAUCUCCCAUUAAAUGGGCUGGUCUGUAUAAGAAUUGCAGGAUCAAGUCAUUAGUGUCAAGUGCCUUUUUGACAUUAAGACUAUGGUGACAAAGAUGAGUAAUUUUAUUUUUUCUUGCUCUGGAACAGAUAUGUCUAGUGGAAGGGAAGGAUUGAUUGUUUGAACAUACUGGGCCCGACUGUGUUACUGCAAUGUUAAUGCAGCAUGAGUCCCAUAAGAUCUGUGGAGUUACUCCAUAUUUACAAAACGUGGUCCAGUUUUUUUGGAAAAUGAAGAAACACCAGUCAGUUCAGAGACAGACAUCCAAACGAUAGCGUAGAAGUUACAGAACCUCUCCAGCAAAUCAAAAUCAAAGCACAAGCAAAUAAGGGGCCUAAUCCUGCUCCACUGAAGUCUGUGACAAAACUCUCCUUAGUGUCUGCAGGGCAGUUUUGGGCCCCGAGGCUAUGUCUGCAGUACAAAGUUUUUGCGCAAAAACGUCUGGUUUUGCACAAAAACUGGCGGAGCAUCCACACCUCAAGCACAUUUUUGCACACACAAAAAAUACAGUAAAUCAACAGGACAGAGGGUUUUUGCCAGUAGAGUUGUUAUUCUCCCCACGAGGAAUGACUCCUUUUUGCACUACAGCUCUUGUGCAAAAAAGCAUGUGUGAAUGCUCCGCAGAGGUUUAUUGUGCAAAAAGCACAGUUGUUAAAGGCCAUCAGAGCUUUCUUGCACAAGAGCGUCCAUGCAAUGUGGAUGCUCUCUUGCGCAAAAGCACAUUUUGAGGUGUGGAUGCGCUUUUGCACAAGAAGUUUUGUGGAAGCUCUCUUCUGCAAAAAGCUUCUUGCGCAAAAACCCUGCAGUGUAGACAAAGCCCCAGUGUUGGGGGGGAAAACCUGCACUACCCAGGGAGGGAUGGACUAGAAACAUUUACAGGUCUUUUCUAGCUCUAAUUUGGUGGCCAAAAUUUUCAAACUUAAAUAUCUGAAAUUAAGCAAAUAAGGUUGGAAUUUUCAAGAGGCAUAAGAGAGUUAGGUGCUCUGCGGGAGUAGGGUGUCUCAUUCAUUUAGACCCCUUAGAAAAUCCCAGCUCUAAAUGUUUAUUUAGAUACAUUAGAAGUGUCCUGGUUUUCAGAAGUGCCGAAUAGUCACAUCUCUUUGAGAAUCCAAUGGCAGACCUGGGGAUGGAGCACCUUUGAAAAUCAGAUCACUUAUUUAGAUGCCAAAGUAUGGUUUCAGGAACCCCAUUUUUUAAAACUUUGGCCUUAGUUUCAGGAAUAUUUUUUUGCAUUAAAAUCCCUUCUUCCCCUAAAAUUCAUGCCUGAUAGAUAGUCUCAAAACACAUGCACAGGUUACUGUUUAAACUUUGUGUUCCCAAAAAUAAAUAAAUACAUAAUUAAAUAAAAGGGUAGUGCUUUGGCAGUUUAGACAAUGGCAUGUUUCUGCUUUUUGUUUAAUUUUCUUUGCAGAAUAUCUUCUCUCAUGAAUAGCUGAUUAAUAGGCCACUACCUAACUCCAGAAAUAUUUGUACUACUGCUAUACAAAGCUAAAUGUUAGCACAUAUAUUACUCUAAACUUAUGUCAUUGCUUGGCAAUCACUCUCCUAUAAUUGUUUUAGUACAUAAUGUACACUGGAAAUGCCAACACAUGUGCAGGAGGACCAGAUGCAUUUAGUUAAUAUGAUGGAAGAAAGGAUUGUACGUUUUGACUUCACAUGUUAAACUUUUUUUAAAAAAAAAAGUUGCAUGAUUGGAAAAUAACAUGUAUACAGUAUCUGUAAAAUUGUUUUAUCUGUUUUUGUUUCACCAUGUCAAGCCAUAUAAAUUGGAAAUCCACAGCCUUGAUGCAUGGCUGUCUUUACAUACUGAAGAACUGAACAGUAUAUACUUUUAAUUUGGGCUAUCUUGCACUUUGAUGUUGCAUUCUUACUGAGGAUCUUGUAAACUAGAUGCUGUCCUGGAUGAAUAUACUACCUUACUACACAAAGAUUGGAAACAAGUUUGAUUUUAAAAUAUUGAUCCCCUUUCCAAAUGAAGUAGCAAUGCAGUGCUUACUCCACUUGGUGUUAGUAGAUAUUGCCUUGUGUAUUCUAUUUUAAAUUGUAAUCUAGUUUGUAAAAGAUGGUGCCGCAUGUAAAUAAAGCAUAAUGGAUCUCUACAUUGAAUGUGCA